ACCAUUUACAACAAACCAAGAAACACCUCCAACAUGAGUGAUCACCUUCCUCGACCUUUUUGUUUUGAUGGACUGGUUCAUACCUACCCAGGGUAUAUGUUUCAUGAACCAGUGGUCAUAAACAAUCAUCGCCAUCUCCAGCACUUCAGUAACAGAAGGCUCCACCAUAUUACUCAACUCGAUCCAUACGAGUUUAACCUUUACAAAUAUGACAUCAUCUCACUCAUCGAAGGAUUAGGCUGGGAUUUUCUUCUUCGCCAGCCUCUUCAUCCUGCAUGUCCUAGAGCUGUGAAGUACUUCUACUCAAACCUUCGAUGUCAAGGUGUGAGCACUCGAAGCUUCACCACUGUCGUGUAUGGUCACCUCCUGACCAUUCUUGUUGAAGCUCUAAAUGGGAUACUUGGUUUCCCAUCCCAAGGACUCGACAUUGCUCACCCGCCAGAAUUUUGGAAGCAAGAGUUUAAGAUCACCAUGAGUAUGCAAACUUCUCCACAGAACCAACUGGAGGUUCUGAUGUGCCAAUCCCAACUAGCUGGCUACCUCCUCGCUUGAGGAUUUUUCAUCAUUUCCUCACCCAUGUUUUCUUCCCUCGAUCUUUCAAUCUCGAUCGAGUGCUCCCUAUGGACCUCUGGAUCAUCUUUAGUGCCACUGCAAGGCGCAAGCUUGAUUACUCCUGCCUUUUGUUUGCCCACAUGCUCCCUGCUGGAGAUGAGAACUAUCAAGGUCUCCUUCUCUUUGGAUCAAUCAUCACCCGCCUGCUGAUAAAUCUGGGAAUCGACCUGUCUGAUUUUAGAAGUAUUUCUUCAACAAUAUAUGUCAGCGCUCUGAAUGUGUUGAUGGUCCUUGACCUUCUUACUGAUAUUCCUCCUCCUCCUCUCCCUUCUAAUUCCAUUCUUGGCCCUCGUCCUAAGCCUUCCUCCUCUAAAAAGGCUAAAUCCGCUGGUGAGCCCAGCAAGGCUGGUGGACUGGUCUUUACUGUGAAUGAUGGCAGCUCAUCUUCUAAAGAUUCUGCUGCAUCUGCUCUUGCCUCUGUUUCUUAAGAAAUUUUACUGAAUGCUUUUGCAUUUCAGAAAAUGCAACAAGUAACUUUGUAAUGAUGUUCUUCGUGUAAGUACAACACAAGUUUAGGGGGGAAACUUUGCUUUAGUAUGUUUUCUUUUUAAAGGAGCCCGCUGUGUUUUGGACUUCCUACUUUUGUCCUGCACUCUUCUAAGAGUUGCAGAUGCCUAGGGCGAACCUUCUAAGGUUCAUCUACCAUAUUUUGUAUUCCCUAUGUCAUUUCUAUUAAUGAAAUUUCCAGUUUCCU